ACCCUCACCCUCGUCCCCGGCCAGUGCGCCGGCCGACCAUGGGAAUAAACGGAACCUUCCGUUCGGCGACGCCCAACCCAAUAGGGCCGACGCCUCAGCGGCCGGCCUAUAAGAUCCCACCUCCUCGACGGUCAAGUAACUCCGUCGAUACUCGAUAGGAUCGUCAUAGCUGGAGCCUGGAGAGACGAUGCUCAAUGGCGCCCUCUUCUUGCUCGUCUGCGCGGCCGCACGAGCUGCUGCUUCGGGCGGAGACGGCCCGCUGCUGAACGGGAACUUCGAGUACGCGCCCAACAGGUCCCAGAUGAACGGCUCGAGGGUGAUGGCGGCGAACGCGAUCCCGUACUGGAAGGUCACCGGCUUCGUGGAGUACAUCGAGUCCGGCGCGAGGCAGGGCGACAUGGUCCUGACGGUGCCGGAAGGCCGGCACGCCGUGCAGCUGGGCACCGACUCCUCCAUCCGGCAGCAGCUCAGCGUGACGCGCGGCAAGUACUACUCCAUCACCUUCAGCGCCGCGCGCACCUGCGCCCAGUCCGAGAGGCUUAAGGUGUCGGUCGUCCCCGGCGACGACGUCGUGGCCGACGAGCUCCCCGUCCAGACGGUGUACACCAGCAGCGGCUGGGACUCCUACUCCUGGGCCUUCAAGGCCAAGCAGGGCGUCGUGUCGUUCAUCAUCCACCACGGGGACGACCAUGCGGAGGACCCCGCGUGCGGUCCCGUCAUCGACUGCGUCGCCAUUAGAGCGCUCAAUCCUCCUCGAGCCACCCGCAACAACAUGCUGAUAAAUGGGGACUUCGAGGAGGGGCCAUACAUCACCCCGGGCUCGCCGUGGGGGGUCCUGGUGCCGCCCAUGGACGAAGACGACACCUCGCCGCUGCCGGGCUGGAUGGUCAUGUCCUACUCCAAGGUGGUCAAGUACAUCGACUCGGCGCACUUCCGGGUGCCGCACGGCACCCGCGCCGUGGAGCUGGUGGCCGGCGUGGAGGUCGCGCUGGUCCAGGAGGUGGCCACCGUCCCCGGCAGCUCGUGCAGGCUGCGGUUCUCGGUGGGCGACGCGGCCAACGGGUGCGUGGCGUCGCCCAUGCGCGUGCAGGUGGCCACGGCGCGCGGGAGCAAGAGCGUGCCGUACAACUCGAAGGGCACGGGCGGGUACACGCGCGACGCGCUCGACUUCACGGCGGACGGCAACACCACGCGGGUGGUGUUCUACAGCUCGGGCUACCACACCACGUCCGACGGCAGCGGCACGCUCUGCGGGCCCGUCAUCGACGACGUCUCGCUCGUCUGCAUUUCACGCCCGCAUGCUCGCCGGUUGCUCCGCUGAUGCGUUGCACGUGCUGCUAGAGUGUGAUUUUUUCGGGAGAGCGGCUGCUGGGAAGUGGAAAAUCACUCCUGUUCCUUCUUUUCGUAAGAAAUAGUCGACCCUCCAUGCGUUGUUUCGUAACAACAAACUACUCCAUACUCAUGGAGCAUACAGAAAACAGAUCAAAUCAUCAGUUUAAUUCACGAGCAUGAACGUAACAAGCGGCUUCUAGGACGAAUGUCUUUUAUGCAAAACAAUAUGUGGUUGGAUGGCUAGGUGGACAGUCGUAUCUCAACCCAUCAGGUUUCAAGUCAUGGUGCUCACGGGUUCAAGACCUGCCGGGCGGUCGGUCGUCAGUCCUCGGCUUUGCAGCUACGUCGCUGGGUAGUCGGUCGGCGGUGGCGGCGGUGUGAGGUCUCUUGGACAGUGACCCCAAUUCCAUGGAGGUGUGGAGAUGGGCUACGCGUGGAUGCAAAUCUUGCACAACUUCUGCCUGGCCGGCGAUGAUGGCACCCUUGAUGUCAUUCUCCUCCUUGGAGGCAUCGCUUAGCGUGUUCACCUUUCCUCUCGCUCUCUUGGAGUUGGUGGAUGUCUCAAGGCAAAAGCCUUGAUUCGGCUCUUCGAUCGGCACAAUGGCGCCGUCCUCGACGUCGCUCCUCUGUUGGGAGCAUUGUGCUUGAGACGCGUUGGCUCCUCGUUGCUCUCCUCCGGUGUUCGCCACUGUCCUCUUUUGAUCCGUCGUGGUGCUAUGUACCCCGUCGUCGGUGUUUCCAAGAUGGUGGCUUUUCGGAGCGGAUCGUGCUUGCCAUCCAUCUGUCACUUUCUCUUAGGCGCUUAAGGUGGAUGGUGCGUCGACAAGUGAAGUUCUGCAGCAGUUGGUGGUCUCGGAGAUGCCCGACGUCGGCCGAGACGCGGUUUGGUGUAUCUUUUUUGGAUAGGCUCUUUGGUGUUGUAGCUCGCUUUGCCUGGUGUUUGUCCUUGGUCCAGCCGUGUGUGUUGUUCGUGCUACACUCGCUGUUUGCAUCAAGUGGUAGCUUUCUUGUAACUUAUAUUCUGCCUUCUAAGCUAUGGUAUGCCUAGGUGUACUCUCGAAAAAAAGUCCUGAUGCUCACAUUUAUUUCUGGAUUUUCAGAGAUGCACGUUCAGGAAGGAGACAUCCCCGUCGACUACGAGGCGCUUUUGGUGACUUGAUCAAUCUUAAGAUGAUAUGUCGCCUCCGUCUUUUGGAAGUCCACAUAGAGGUAGGGUGUGCGUGUGUGUGUUUAUAGGAUGAGUAUGCGCGUAUAUAUGAGCGCAUG